UGAAAAUCCAGCAUGGCGACGGAAUCUCAAGGCGAAGACAUGAACAACCAUUCUGGAAUUCCUGAGUCUGAUUUCGUAGACAAUGUCGACGAAUUCAUGCAGAAACAAGAAAAUGAAAAUGCCGAGUCUGUUUUACGUAAACUGGACGAGCGUCACAACAAGUAUAAAUUUAUGGAAUAUAAUUUGAAUACCAAGAAGUCGAGGUUGAAAACUCAAAUUCCUGACAUCAAGACAUCGUUGGAUAUCGUCAAACAUCUUCUCGAGAGGAAAACAAAUGCAGAUCCAUUAGAAACCAGAUUCUUAUUAUCAGAUCAAGUUUAUGCUAAGGCUAAGAUACCACCGACAGACAAAGUUUGUUUAUGGUUAGGCGCUAAUGUUAUGUUGGAGUAUAAUUUAGAUGACGCCCAGAAACUACUGGAAAAAAAUUUGGGAACGGCAAAGAAAACUUUAGGACAAGUUGAUGAUGAUCUUAGUUUCUUACGGGACCAGACAACAACAUUGGAAGUUAACAUGGCGAGAGUGUACAACUGGGAUGUCAAAAGGCGACAAAAGGCUCCUGUCAAAUCUUAGUUUGAAAUGAAAAGUUUCCACCAUCUUCUUAUGCUUUAUGUUAUCAUUGAUGAUAAUCAUUUUAUAUUAUCUAUUCAUUGCUUAUUCUAUUCAUUAACUUUGUUUUGUAAUAUUAAACAAAAAAAUCUUUAAGAAAAAUAAUUUUUGUUUUCUUUAAAUAUAUUGAUUGUGUUGUCAAAAGAUCAUCUAAUAAACAUUGCAUGCUGUG